UACGCGGGAAAAGUUUUAACCCUGUUUUUUUUUUCAUUUAAAUUCGAGUUUCGAGUUUAGAAUUAUGCACAGAAUUUAAGAACUAUGUACUUACAAAAUACAGGAAAAUAUCAACCAAGCAAUCCAGAAAAUGUUGCUAAGGAUGAUAGUAAUUCAGAAGUACGUUUACGUGAGGCUCAAGAAAAAGAUGAAAUUGAUAAUAAAUAUGGAUUUCAUCGUGUUCGGGAUAACGUAGAACGUGUUGGUUUUCUUAUAAAUAUGCACACGAAUGAAUUGUUAGAUGAUGAUAAACGAUUAAUAUCGAUUGUUGAUUACUAUUUCAUCAAAGAAGAUGGUUCACGUUUCAAAAUAUCUUUACCUUUUAUGCCUUAUUUUUAUAUUUUACCACGUAAAGAAAAUAUGCAAGAAAUUAUCCAGUUUUUAUCAAAAAAAUAUGCCGGGUUGAUAACAAGUAUUGAAACAAAUUUUAAAGAAGAUUUAGAUUUGCCGAAUCAUUUAAUUGGCUUAAAACAACGUUAUCUAAAAUUAUUAUUUAUGAAUAUGACCGAUUUAAUAAAAGUACGUCGUGAUAUUUUAUCAGCUGUGAGAAAAAAUCGAGAAGUAGCUAAAACAAAUACCUUUUAUACAGAAAUGCUCACAUCAGUUCUUACUGGGAAUAAUCAAGAUAUAAAUAAUGCAAAAACUGCUAAUCAAAUGGAAAAUAUUAUUGAUAUAAGAGAAUACGACGUUCCAUAUCACGUUCGAGUAUCAAUUGAUAAGCAAAUCUUUUGUGGUUUAUGGUACAAAGUAAGAGUACGUAGUUCUUUAUCGGAACCACCCCAAAUAACACGAUGUGACGAUUUAAUUGAACGUCCUGAUCCAAUCGUGUUGGCGUACGAUAUUGAAACAACAAAAUUACCAUUAAAAUUUCCCGAUGCAGCUACCGAUCAAAUAAUGAUGAUAUCAUAUAUGAUUGAUGGACAAGGUUAUUUGAUAACAAAUCGUGAAAUAAUAUCCUGUGAUGUAGAUGAUUUUGAGUAUACACCAAAACCGGAAUAUGAAGGACAAUUUACCGUCUUCAAUGAACCGAAUGAAAAAAGUUUGAUAUUAAAAUUUUUUGAACAUAUUAUGGAUAUACGACCACAUAUAUUUGUCACAUAUAACGGUGACUUUUUCGAUUGGCCUUUUGUUGAGGCACGUGCUGCGUUCCAUGAAUUGGAUAUGAAAAAAGCUAUUGGAUUUUUCAAAAAUCGUGAUGGUGUUUAUUCAUGUCGUUCUGCUAUGCAUAUGGAUUGCUUUUGUUGGGUCAAAAGAGAUUCGUAUUUACCAGCCGGAUCGCAUAAUUUAAAAGCUGUAGCCAAAACAAAAUUACGUUAUGAUCCAGUGGAACUAGAUCCAGAGGAUAUGUGUACAUUAGCAACAGAACAACCACAAGUUUUAUCAAAUUACUCAGUGUCUGACGCAGUUGCCACUUACUAUUUGUAUAUGAAAUAUGUACAUCCAUUUAUAUUCGCCUUAUGUACAAUUAUUCCAAUGGAACCAGACGAGGUUUUACGAAAAGGUUCUGGAACUUUAUGUGAAGCACUAUUAAUGGUUCAAGCAUUUCAUGCAAAUAUCAUAUUUCCAAAUAAAGAAGAACAUGAAUUCAAUAAGUUAACAUCGGAUGGACAUGUAUUACAUCAAGAAACAUAUGUUGGAGGGCAUGUUGAAGCACUAGAAGUUGGAGUGUUUCGUGCAGACAUACCAUGUAAAUUCCGUUUAGAUACUGAAAUAUUUGAUAAAUUGAUAAAUGAAGUUGAAGACACGAUGCAAUAUGCUAUUGAACAUGAAGAAGGUGUCCCAAUAGAUAUGGUGACCAAUUUUCAAGAAAUCUGUGAUGAAAUUAAAGAAACUUUAAAAGAAAUUCAACAACAUCCAAAUCGUGUUGAAAAUCCAAAAAUUUAUCAUUUAGAUGUCGGUGCUAUGUAUCCAAAUAUUAUAUUAACAAAUCGUUUACAACCAUCGGCAAUUGUUAAUGAAACCGUGUGUGCGUCAUGCGAUUUUAAUCGACCAAAUGCAACAUGUCAACGAAAAAUGGCAUGGACAUGGCGUGGUGAAUUCAUGCCUGCAUCUCGUGGAGAAUACCAACGCAUUCAACAACAAUUAGAAAUAGAAAAAUUUCCACCACAAUUUCCUGGUGGUCCUCAACGUCCAUUUCAUCAGUUGUCGAAAGAAGAACAAGCUAAUUUUGAGAAAAAACGUUUAACCGACUAUUGUAAAAAAGCGUACAAAAAAACAAAAGUAACUCGAAUCGAAGAACGGGCAUCGACAAUAUGUCAGAAAGAGAAUUCAUUUUAUGUUGAUACAGUACGUGAUUUUCGUGAUCGUCGCUAUGAAUAUAAAGGUUUGUCGAAAAAAGCAAAACAAAUAAUGGCUGAAGCACUUAAAACGGGUAAUGCUGAAGAUAUUAAAUCGGCAAAAAAUCGUGAAGUAUUAUAUGAUUCAUUACAGUUAGCAUAUAAAUGUAUAUUAAAUUCGUUUUAUGGAUACGUUAUGCGUCGUGGUGCCCGUUGGCAUAGCAUGGAAAUGGCUGGUAUUGUAUGCCAUACUGGUGCAAAUGUAAUUCGUAAAGCACGAGAAAUUGUUGAAAGAGUUGGCCGACCAUUAGAAUUGGAUACCGAUGGUAUUUGGUGUGUAUUACCUGCAUCAUUUCCUGAUACAUUCAAAUUUUUAAGUACGCAUGAGAAAAAAUCAAAAAUUGUAGUUUCGUAUCCAAAUGCUGUGCUAAAUCGUAUGGUACAAACACAUUUUACAAAUGAGCAAUAUCAUGAAUUGAAGGACGCAGAGAAAUUAACGUAUGAACAAAGAAAAGAAAAUACAAUUUUCUUUGAAGUUGAUGGUCCAUAUUUAGCUAUGGUAUUGCCAGCAGCUAAAGAAGAAGGAAAAAAAUUAAAAAAACGAUAUGCUGUUUUUAAUUUCGAUGGCUCAUUGGCUGAAUUAAAAGGAUUUGAAGUAAAACGUCGGGGUGAAUUACAAAUUAUAAAAAUUUUUCAAUCAUCAGUAUUUGAAUCAUUUUUAAAAGGAAAUACAUUAGAAGAAUGUUAUUCAUCAGUUGCAAAAGUUGCCGAUUAUUGGUUGGAUGUAUUAUAUACUAAAGGUGCAAAUAUGCCAGAUUCAGAAUUAUUUGAAUUAAUUUCGGAGAAUCGUUCAAUGUCACGUAAAUUAGAAGAAUAUGAAGGUCAAAAAUCAACAUCAAUAUCAACAGCGAAACGUUUAGCUGAAUUUUUAGGUGAUCAAAUGGUUAAAGAUAAAGGUUUAGCAUGUCGUUUUAUAAUAUCCAAAAAACCUGAAGGAGCGCCAGUAACUGAACGAGCAAUUCCAUUAGCAAUAUUUCAAACGGAUCCGAGUAUUAAACGACAUUAUUUACGAAAAUGGUUAAAAGAUCCAACAAUUAUGGACGUAGAUAUUAGAGAAGUUUUAGAUUGGAAUUACUAUAUUGAAAGACUCGGAGGUACAAUUCAAAAAAUUAUCACAAUUCCAGCUGCAAUGCAGGGUUUAUCAAAUCCUGUACCUAGAAUACGACACCCUGAAUGGCUACAUAAGAAAAUGCUCGAAAAAAAUGAUGUAUUGAAACAACGGAGAAUUAAUGAAUUAUUUUCGGCGAAACCCCGCCAGAAUCCUCCCGAAGAGAAUAUUCAAGAUAUUGAAGAUACAAUGGAUACCCCAUCAAUGGCAAAUGAACGUCGUGCAAUUGUAACAAAACGCAAACGCCAAAAUUCUGAAAAUGAUGAAAACUGUGAACCGACGGUUGAUUCAAAUGAAAAAGUUGCAAGAACAUGGCGUGAAGCUCUUGGACCACCACCACCCAAAGAAAACCUUCGAGAAUGGAUUAUAUAUCAAAAGAAAAAGUGGUCAUGGCAAGCUGAAAAUCGUGCAUCAGUUAAUAAUAAACCAGUUGCUAAACGUACAAAAGCUUCAACAGCAACAAUUGGAGGUUUUCUGAAAAGUACACAACGUACUUUGUUAAAUUCACCAUGGCAAAUUAUACAAAUUGUUGAAACGAAUGAACCAGGAAUAUUUAAAUUAUGGGGCUUAGUUGGUAGUGAAUUACAUCAAAUACGUUUAACUGUACCACGAAUCUUUUAUGUAAAUCAGCGGAAACCGAAAGUUUGCGAUGAAAAUAUGUAUUUUAAAAAAUGUAAUAGAACUCUACCAAGGUCACGACCUGUGCAUUAUUUGUAUCAAUUUUCGGUACCAGAAGAACAAUUUUUGGAACAUAGCGAAAAUCUGAUGUCACAAUUAUCCACACCCGACGUUGAGGGCAUUUAUGAAACACAAAUGAGUUUAGAAUUUCGUGCAAUUUUACAAUUAGGUUGCGUUUGUACUGUGGACAAAAAUCAUGCAAAAAAAUUAAUACAAUCUGGUUCAAUGGAUGUAAAUGCAUUUUCACUGGAAAAUUUACAAAUAUGUCCAUUAAAACAACAGCCAUAUUUAAAACGUGAUCCAGACACAAAUAUGCAUUGUUUAAAAAAUAUUUACUUGUAUCAUAAUCGAGCACCGAAUAGUGCAAAAGCAAUGUUCGGAUUGUUUUUAUCACCGAUAAAGAAAGCUCUCAUUAUUGUUGUGGAUACCGUUCGUACAAAUCAAAUGCCAAAUAUGAACACGAUGUAUGCAGCUGAACGAAUUGUUAAAUUAGAACGUGGAAAAGAAGAGCAUAUGAUACCCCCGACAGGUGUUACAUUCGAAAUACGAAUGGAAACUGAUUUAAAUCAAGUGUACAAAAUUUUACAAAAGGCAUUGCAAGCAUAUCGUGACGAAAAGAAAGGACCAACUUUGUUAGCUGUACAAACAUCCUCAAAUUUCACUGCUCUAACGUCCCAAAUGCCAGAAUUAUUAUCAUUUCCAUUAAUACAAAUUCAUAUUCAAGAUAUUGAAUCAUUGUAUAAUACAAUGGAAUGGCAAAAAAUCGGUGCCAGAGCAAUGAUUCGACAUUACUUAAAUAUUGAAUCAGUGUUGGAAUUAAGUAUUGAACAAUGUCGAUAUUUUUUCGUUCCACUUGGAAAUUUGCCACAGGAUCCAACAAUAUUUGGAACAGAUUUAUAUUAUGCACGAUUUUUACAAAAAAAUAACUUUGUAUUAUGGUGUUCACCAACGGAUAGACCUGAUUUAGGUGGCCGUGAAGCUGAUGAUAAUCGAUUAUUAACCGAAUUUGAUGAAGGUUCGAGUGCUGUUGCAAAUAAUGCAGGAUGUUAUUCAACUGUAUGCGUAGAAUUGGAUAUCGAUAGUUUGGCUGUGAAUACGUUAUUACAAUCGCAUCAUGUUAAUGAUUUAGAAGGUACAAGUUCAUGUGUUGCAUUCGAUAAUAUACCACAAGUAUCACUUGAAGAAAUCGUCGGUUCAAAUGUACCACCAACAUCGUUACCAGCAUACGAUGAAACGGCAUUAUGUGCUCCAGCAUUUAAAAUUUUACGUUCAAUGGUGAAUUCAUGGUUACGUGAUAUUACAUUGUAUCGAAAUGUAUUUGCAGAUUUUCAAAUUGUUCACUUUUAUAGAUGGCUACGUUCACCAAAUGCCUUAUUGUACGAUCCAGCAUUGCGUAAAACAUUACAUAAUUUAAUGAAAAAAUUGUUUAUACAAUUAGUCGCAGAAUUUAAACGUUUAGGUGCAAUUAUAAUUUUUGCAAAUUUUAACAAAAUCAUAUUAUGUACCAAAAAAAAAUCCGUAACGGAUGCUAUAAGUUAUGUGGAAUAUGUGGUACAAAAUAUUCGUAAUACUGAAUUAUUUCAUAGUAUUGAAAUAUCAUACAAUCAAUGCUGGGAGUACUUAAUGUGGUUAGAUUUGGCAAAUCAUGGUGGAGUACGAGGGAAGUUACCGACCGGUUUGAAUGCUGCUGGUGAAGAGGAAAAUAAAAUUAGUUUAUCGAAUAUGGAUGAAAAUAAUGAACAGGCGCCACGAGAUGAUCAAUCUGAACUAGGUGAAGAUGACGAUGAUGAUGACGGGGCCGUAAUCGUAAUGAAUUGGAAUUUAGCUGAAUAUUUACCAGAAGAAGUUAAAUGUCGUUCAAGUUUUAGUAAUGUAAUUGCUGCAUAUAUAAAUGCUGUAUAUGAAUAUAUGUGGAGUGAUCCUGAUCGAGCUUUGACACAAACUCCAGUCAGACGUAGACCAUCUACUAGUCAAAGUUCAUACCGGCCUCAACUGGGUUUAGGUGCACAUAAAAACGCUUCCGAAUUUGCUAAAAAUUUAAUUACUGGAGAAUUAUCCCAAAAAUUAUUUCAAAUUGUGGAACAAAUACACCGUCGAUUACCUACAUGCAAAGCAGCUUCUGAAUUAUCAUUUGCUGCUCAAUCGGGUGGUUUAAUAAAUCCGGCAUUAGAAUUUAUUAAAGCAAUUUGUAAAAUUUUAUCAUUAGAUCCAAGCAUUGAAGUUGAAGUAAUGGAUUUACGAAAAAAUAUGUUAAAAUUAAUUAAAAUUGGAGCGUUUAGUGACGACGCUGAAUGGAAAGAACCUUGUAUUUCGUUUACAUUACCUGAAGUCAUUUGUAAAGCAUGCAAUCACUGUCGUGAUAUUGAUUUAUGUAAAGACAGUUUUCGUACUAUGGAGAACGAUGAAGCGUCCUGGUUGUGUCCAUUAUGUAAGAAUAGCUACGAUAACGUAGAAAUAGAAAGCAUGCUAAUCGAUUGCUUAAAUCGUAAAGCUAUGGCGUAUAUCUUACAAGAUUUACAAUGUACCAGAUGUAAACAGAUAAAAAUGGAAAAUAUACCAAAGCAUUGUUCUUGUGCCGGUGAUUAUAAAACAUUAAUUAGCUGGAAUGAUUUAGUUUUAUAUUUGAAAACAUUUCAUAUAAUUGCGAAUUAUUUUCAAAUGCCAUUGUUGUUAGAAUUAGUGGAGCAUAAUUUAAAAAUGCAACAU